CACCACAUUGAGUCCACAAUUACUUCAUCACAUCCUUCCUUCUGAAAUUGGAAGCUACAAAAUCACUACUACUCCCAAUCGAAGUAACAUGGUUCAAUCGUUGCCUUGCCGUACCUUGUAUUAUCUUUUCUCCUCCAGAGUGCUAUCUUGGACACUAACAAGACAACUAGGAUGGAUCACUAACCCCGUUAUCCAACAAUGGACGUUUGGUUAGAUUCGACUAACGGGAGUUAUCUUUUGUGAGUAUAAAUUACUUUUAAAUUUUUUUUAUGGUGAAUUUUAUCGGCGUUCAAUCUUUUGUGGUUAGAUUUGAUACUUUAGUUGAAUAUUUUCUUUUGUUUUUUGUGUAUGUAAUGUAUAAUAUUGUCCAAGUUAAGAAUUGCUAAACAUAAUUUACUAUUUUAUCUUAAUUAAAUUAGGAAAAACAUAUUGUAAUUGUUCCGUGCGUAUAGGGCCGAGGUAUAGUGGCUCCUUUUGCCUGGUGUUAUGCUCAGGUGGGAGAGGUAUACGUCGGCUAGGUUGGAACACCGCGGCGGGAGCACCUGCAAAAAGGACUCCGACGCUCAAAUAAGAAUGUGAGUUAUAAGAAAAUAAGAGGAGUAAAUCAGAGUGAGUUCUGUGACCUGACUUUCUCUAAGGUUAUUCAUGUGUUUAUAUAGGCGUUGUUAGUAUGUUCGGUUAUCGCAUUUUGCGUGAUUCUCCGUAACUUCCGUGGUUAUGAUGAUAACGUUUUGAAGUGUUGGUUACUUUCCGAGCUUAUCUGAGUUCAUCCUGAUUUGGUGGGUUUGUUAUUAAGUGGCGUCCUUAUCCGAGAUAUAUGCUCGGUUUGGAGGCCGAGGUAUACGCUACAUAUCAUAGCCCCCAAGCUUGCUUUGUUGUAAGAAAACAAAGGCGAGCUUUUGAGUUUUACCUCGGCCGAGAAUUUUUCUUCUGAGGGUAGUGCUGUCCCCCGAGCUUGCCUUGGUUUUCGUUGGGAAUGUGAAUUUGUGGCAUUUAAUUAGCGCUUCAUUUCCCGUGCUAGAAAUGAUUGAUGUGCAACUCGUGGCCCAUUUUUCGAAGGAAUUUGCAACCGUUGGAUGUUGAUGUAAUAAAUGGAUGGUUGAGAUUGAGGCGGUUAUGAAUGAAUGUAAAAAGAAAAUUGUUUCAGUUUCCCUUUUGUUUUUAUUACCUGGCCUGUUUUGGGGAGCCCCUAGUUUAACUUUUUUGCUUCUUCACUCUAAGCAUUUUUUGGAGAAAAAGAUGAGUAGCAAAGGUAGGUUUUGACAUCUUCUGGUUUGUUCCUUUUCUUUUCUGUUGUUAUUGUUUUGCUAUUUCCUUAUAAUGGAAAAGGGUAAGACUGUUGUGGCGGAUGACGAUCCUUGUAGCUGGGUAAACGAGCAGGUGAGGUGUUGUGUAUCUCAGUUUUGUGAUACCGAGUCGGUGAAGGCGUUGGGGUCUAAUGUGUGGGUUAGGGAUGGGCAGAAUGUGAGAGUAGAGUUUUUGCCUUGUAGUAAGGAUGAUCGUGUAUGUGAGAGAGUUGAUGGGUGGUCUUACUUUUACUGUUAUUCAUGUUUGUUUACUGAGCUCGGGGUUCGUCUUCCUUUUACUGACUUUGAAUGUGGUGUUUUGUUUUGGCUGAACUGUGCACCGUCCCAAUUGCACCCUAACUCAUGGGGUUUUGUUAGAGCUUUUGAGAAUUUAAUGGACCUCCUGGAGUGCCCUCCUUCCCUUGCAGUCUUCUUUUCUUUGUUUCAGACUAAAGGUGUUAGACGUGGUGUGUGGAUAAACCUUAGUAGCCAUCCUCGCCGUGCUGUCUUUUCCCUUUAUAAGUCAUCUUUUAAGGAUUUCAAGACAAUGUUUGUAAAAAUUAGGAGUGUGGAGGAGGAGUUUCCUUUUUUACCUAAAUGAGUUUUUGGAGGAGAAGUUCCCAGUUUCUUGGUCUCCCGAUCCUGUUCAGGUUCUUGAUGUAGAUGAUAGGGUGUCUGAUGAGAGUAUUAUGUUGGAGUUUUUAUUAGAGGUGUCAGAAUCAGCAGGGCUGUUGUCUGUUGCGGAAUUGUUAAAGUGGGAUACUGAUAAGGAAAGCGUGUUGGAUUACCUAGCUGAGAAGGCGCCAACCAUAACCACUGCUGGAUUGAAGUCCUUUUUCAGUCAGAGGAAGAAGGCAGAGAAGGAAGGGUCGACGAACAUUAAAAAGGAUGGUGUUGCUGUUCCCUCCGAGGUGAAUCCUCGGCAAAAAAGAAAGAGGGCCAAGAAGGAGGCCGAGCUUGCUGAGAGCAAAGAGGGGGAUUCGCCUAUUUUGCCAAUCGUCGAGGCUGCUUAUGAAUCUCAAAAACGGCUUCAUGCUUACCGUGAGGAUGAUAAUAUGAGAUUGUUGUGGUCGAGGUUUUUUCCGUUUGCUACCCUCACCGAUGAGCUGUGUCGUUUUCCUGAGGACUCAAAAAUGAUUAACGAGGUUGGGCGAGCUGGCAUUAGUCGCUUUCUUCAGGUUGUGGGUGCCCGGAUAGUUGCUGUGGGAAGGGCUCAAGAGCUUGCUAUUGAGACUGAGGAAAAAGAGUCUCUGAAUAUUGCUGAAUUGUCUGCUUCUCUUCAAGAGAAAGAGAAAACAAUUGUUGAGCUGUCUUCAUCUUUGAAGCAAAAAGGGAUUGAGUUGGAUGAAGAAAAAAAGACUUCACUCGUUGGUUUUGGAAGAGGUUGGUACUUUGAAGUCUGAGAAUGGUCGACUUGCAGCUCGUGUAAAGGAGCUAGAGGGUGAAGUGUAUGAGGGUUUUGUCCAGGGUUUCGAACGGGCUGCCGCACAGGUUCGUGUUUUGUUCCCUGAUGUUGAUGUCAACAAGUUGGAUGCUACGAAGCUCAUUGUAAAUGGGGAGUUGAUAGAUGAUGAAGCUGAGAAAGAGAGUGACAGCUCUAGUAUAGGAGAUAAAAUAGAAUGAGGACCCUUUUUAUGAAUUUUGUUUUGUUAUGUCAUUUUGAAAGAUUGUUAGAUUCUGACUCUGGUCUCUGGUUUGUUAAGACUUUCCGAGUAUAAAGCUCGGCUCUGUUUUUUGUUUUGAUAUGCAUAUCUAUGUGAAUUUGUUUA